CUAAUCUGUGGACAGCCGUGGAUGCGUCUGCACAGUUGCGGAGUACGUGCGGCCCCCCUCCACACCAUCGAGCCUGCCGGUAACCGUGGCAAUGAGAUUAUUUGAAAAUGGCGUCGGAGCAGUGGCUGAAUGUUCUACAGAAAGCAAAAAAGACAGCUAUUAUUCAAGACGGGACACGAAAAGUACAUUUUUUACUGGAAGAUGGCAGAGAACUUGUGGAAGAGUAUAACCUGGAGACGAAUGUCGUGACGAGAAGAGCGUGGAGAGAAAAGGGAAAAUUGGGGCAGGAUGUUGGGUGGGUGGUGGAGAUUGGAGAUCCAGAACCCCAGAAGGAAGAUAAUCUAGAAAUCAGUGGCAUUCGAGAGAGUUCGUCUGCUCCUUUCGUAUCGAGAAGAAUCACAAAAACUGGUUUAGAAUGGAGGAUCAGAAACCUCCCCUACUCCAAAGAAGUUUAUUCUAUAACUGCUGACGAUGGAGCAUUAACUGUUCGUACCACUAAUAAAAAAUACUUCAAGAAGCUGAACAUUCCAGAUUUGGAGAGGGUGGGCUUGAAGCCCGAGCAGGACAGAAUUUCCUUCACACAUCAGUUCAAUACUCUAGUCAUAACGUACAAGAAACCUCCAGCUCUCCUAGACCUCGAGAAGAAAAUUCUGAACGAAGUGAUGAACCUCAAAGCGUCGAGGGAAGGAGACGUGCAAUGUCCAACGAGUUAAUUAAUAAAAAAAAGAAAAACUUAA